CGAUUGGUGGGAGGCCGGCGCUGGAGGGGAGAGGCGGAAGGGGACGGGUAAAGGAGACGGCGGUUGCUGUGGGGAUUUUCGUUCUCUCCCGAAGGUGCGAAAGAGAUUUAUGCUUCCAAGGGAUAACGAAAAAUCUGACCAGGAGAUUUGUGGGAACUUCUCAUAAUUUAAGGCAAUGGAAGUAAUUCCAGAACUCUAUGAUAUUUUCCAAGGAGAGGUUGCUUCUGUGACAGAAUAUGGAGCAUUCAUUAAAAUUCCAGGAACAAGGAAACAAGGCCUUGUACACAAAAGUCACAUGUCACACUGCAGGGUGGACCAGCCCUCAGAGUUGGUGGAUGUGGGAGAAAAAGUGUGGGUGAAACUUAUAGGAAAAGAGAAGACAGAUGAGAAGUUAAAAUUGUCUCUUUCAAUGAAGGUUGUUAAUCAAGGAACUGGAAAGGACCUGGACCCCAACAAUGUGGCCCUCGAUCAAGAUGCACGGAAGAAAGGCUCAUUCAAAGACUACACCAGCCAGAAGAUCACUCUAGAAGCAGUCUUAAACACAGUUUGCAAAAAGUGUGGCUGUCCAGGUCAUUUUGCAAAAGAUUGCUUCGUGCAGCCAGGAGGGACCAAGUACACUCUGAUUCCAGAGGAAGAAGAAGAAAUCCCUCCAGAAGAAGAAAAGAAGGCACAUAAAUCUGAAGAUUUUGUGAAGAAGAGAAAAAAGGAAAAAAAGAGAAAAAAGAAACACAAGAGCAAAACUCCUUCCGAACUGGGAGAUUCUGACAGUAGUGAGUCAGAUGCUGGUGAUGUUCAGCCGUCAAGGAAGAAAGCAAAACGGACUGAAAAAGCUAGUGCAUCCCAGAAGCGAAAAAAGAAGAAGCAUCAUAAGAAGAAGCACAAGGACUGAGAAGCGGAUCCAAGGCCAUAGGCUGUGCUGACACAGUGUGCACCCUCUGGGCUCCUAUAAUCUUCUGGAGAAAAGAAUAGUUGAGCUAGUGCAACUUGCAUUACUGUAUUAACAAAAGGGGAUUCCUCCUUUGAAAAGCAAUGUUGUUUUCCUGCGAUUUUUUUCCCACAAGGACUGCCACUUUUCUCUGCAUGGAAGAAGCCAGCUGCAGUUGGGUGUUCCUUGCCACAGAUGUUGCCCUCAUUCAUGUGAAACGCUUCUCCUUCUGUAGCUCCUUAUUUUUCUGGGCCUUGUGCCAGGCAGUUCCUUUGGAACAACCCCGAGCCAUCUCCAUGAAGCAUGCAUGGAACUAGCAAUCAAUGCAGCUUCCUUAGUCGGGGUGGCAGCUGUGUGUUGAUUCAGCAUCUCGCCAGUCAUUGUCUGCACGCCAGCAGAAAAAGCAGUGGACACAUCUCCUUGGUUGAUGUGGGUCGAUUUGUUCUGCACCGAUCACUCCACUGCUUUUUUGCCCCAUUCAUACUGCAGCACUGGAGGAAGAA